AUGCUUGGCUUCAAAAUUAUUGUGCAAGACCGACCAACCACUAGGAGGGGAAUAUUGUCCAUCGUCAGUUCCAUCUAUGAUCCUCUCGGCCUUGUGUCACCAUUUAUACUCCCAGCAAGAAUACUUUUACAAAGCUUGUGGCAGCAAGGCAGUGGAUGGGAUAGGCCUAUUGAAGGGGCUGGUCUUCAGGUGUGGCAUAAAUGGCUGUCUGGCUUGCCAAAAUUGGAGUCAUUCUCAGUUGCGAGGUGUUAUAAACCUAAACAUUUUGGCGAAGUACUUUCAUGUCAAGUACAUAAUUUCAGUGAUGCCAGUGAACAAGGAUAUGGGAUGGUAUCGUAUCUGCGUCUGGUCAAUAAGAGAGGAGAAAUUCAUUGCUCCAUACUUCUGGGAAAAUCUAGGGUUGCACCCCUUAAAAAGGUGACGAUACCCCGCAUGGAACUGACUGCAGCAACGCUUUCAGUACGAAUGAAUGAGAAACUGAAGAGAGAGUUGGAUUACAACAUUGACAAGUCCUAUUUUUGGACAGAUAGCAUGUCAGUGCUGAGAUACAUCACUAAUGAGACUACACGCUUCCAUACGUUUGUCUCUAACCGUGUGUCUACAAUUCGUGAGGGAUCAGAAGUGUCUCAGUGGAGGUACAUAAAUACGAAAUUAAACCCAGCAGAUGAUGCUUCAAGGGGUUUGAUAAUAACUGACUUCAUAAAAUGCAAGAGAUGGGUUACUGGUCCUGAUUUUCUGUGGUCUCCAGAAUCGGAAUGGCCAGAGAAUCAAGUAGUCUUAGAGAGGAUUCAUGAUGAGGAUCCUGAAGUGAAAAAGCUCUCAAAUGUUGUUCUGAUAGAUGAGCAAUCUAGCUUCAUGAGUAGUCUCAUUUCUCGUUUUUCAAGCUGGAUGUCACUGAAGCGGACAGUUGGAUGGAUCUUAACUGGUAAGAGAAAUUUACAACAUUGGGCCAAUCUGCGAAAACAAGUGCGAGAAAGUAUCUCUGCAGAUGUAGAUCCUAAAAAACAAGAGCAGCUUGUUGAUGACAAGAUGAGAAAAAUGAGGUCCAGAGUAAACCUCAAGUCUGCAUCUCUUGAUAUCGACAUACUACAAGAGGCAGAAAGAUGCAUUGUGACUUAUGUACAAAGAAGACACUUCCAAGAUGAGUUGGAUAUACUUCUCAAAGGUCUUCAUA